UCUGUUCCUAAUCCAACAAGCUUUCACCUUAUCGCAACGUUUCAGAGCCGAGGAGAAACGGUCGUCAACCUAGCGCCAAUUCCUAGUCCGUUCCGUUACGGUUUGUGAGAAAAUCCCACGAACCAAACACACAAGAGAGAAGUCCAAAGAAAUAAACGACCUAGUAUUUCCCACCAUUACAGCAGGUUUUUCAGAUUUCUUGGUCGGUUCCUCGAAAGCCUUUUCGCUUCUCAAUUCAUUGGCGCCCUGGCAACCUUUAUAUAAGGAAAAUUUCUAAGGCCAUUGUAAAACUGUCAUUUGCAUCCAUUUGUGCAAGAUGGACCAACAGAGUCAAAGAACCAGUUCUUUUUCUCCUGCAGACCUCCCUACGAAACGGAAACGUGGUCGUCCACGCAAGGAUGAAAAUCCGGUGAUUGGGAAGAGGAAUCCCAUGAUGGCUGCAUCUGACAGUAUGAGGAAAAGUAAAGAAGUAACGGAUAAAAGUGAUGAUGUUAAUGGUGGCAUGGUGGGUCAGGUGGUCACUGGUGUCAUUGAAGGUUCAUUUGAUGCUGGAUAUCUUCUUAAUGUUAAGGUAGGGGACACUGACACUCAUCUGAGGGGUGUUGUAUUUCUUCCUGGACGGUUCACUCCAAUUACGGCAGCAAAUGAUGUUGCUCCACAUGUUAAGAUGUACAACAGAAAAGAGAUCCCAAUUGCAGUUCUCAACCCUCAAACAGAGCUACAUAAUUCUGUUCCCCUAUCAGGACAAGGUGGUAACGUACCUGAGCUUUCAGAUCAAUUCCUAUCUCCUGAGCUUUGGACACCAAUCCAAAAUCCACCUGAGAACGAAUCUGCCUCUGUUGUGGUAACUAUGGCUGCCAACGUGCCAAACAAUGAUGCAGGUCUUUCCUUGGGAGGAAAUGAAGUGCCACCGCAAACAUUGGACUCUGGACUUGAGAGCCAAUCUACAUCUACUAUGGCACAGCUGGAUCAUCACAAGGCUGUUGAACAUGAUGAGGCAUUGCUGGAAUGCGAAGCUUCCCCACUGAUAAAAGGAUCUAAACCAGAAUCAGCUUCUGGACCAGUUGUUGACAUAGUGCCAGGCGUUGAAAUUGCUACUAAAGAGCCUCAAAUUCAACAUCAGGACGUUAGUCUUGACCUUAAGCGGAAUGAAUUGCUUCAUGAUGAAGUGAAGAACCCAAAUCUUGAACUCCAAACUCCUUUAUUUGCGGAACACAAAGCCAUGUCUCCUGAACAGAUGAAGGAGCCCGUGGAAAUUUUGAUGGAAGAGCAGGUCUCUCCACAGAAAGAUAUAGCACAAGAUACACAACCGGAGCUUGCUAUUGAGACUUUACGUGGAACUGGCGCGUCCCUCUCAAAUGGAAGGCCUGCAAGUGAUUCUGCUGACGCUGCUGAGUUGGGCUCACACCCAAUGUUGCAGACCAGCCAGCCGGCAAUGAUGUUAGAGGGAGAGGUUACUCCAGCAGUGUCCAAGCUUGCCUCCAAAGAAUAUGUUAUUCCAGGAAUUAUGGAACCCCAGGUCCAUAGUUCUGGUACCACGAGCAAUAUUGAAAAUGGUGUCAAAGAUGACCUGCUACCACAAUCUUAGAUCCCUACAAUAGGACCUGAGAAUUUUUCUUGAAAUUAAACAUAGGAGAAAGGAUAUGAGGAUGGUGUCAGGUUUGAUGAUAAUAAAUAGGUAGCAGGACUGUCAUGGCUCUCAUGGUUAAGUUGACGAUUGAAUACAACACUAGUCUCCUCCUAUAUCUGACAAUUCUUCAAUGGUUGGUUUUGUUAUCUUUGUAAGCUGUGUCAAGUUAUUCUCUUGAAAAUUAAUGUCAGGUUUUUAUCUUUA